GCUGACACGUGAGAGGCGCUUCAGCACAUUGCGUGGCACACCAGAUAAAUCUUGACUUUUGACAUGAAUCUGCCCUACGCGAUAUGCUUUUCGUUAUUUAAUCGAAUGCACUGAUUUUUUGUCACUAGCAUUAGUAAUAACAAACAGUAGCGAAAUAUGUAUGGAGGGCUAGAUGGAGGAGUGGCAUGACUUCAGAGCUCCAGUUUGACAGGAAAACUCCCCAAAUUUGGUGCGGACUUCCUGCAUUCAGCGAGUCACCAUGAUACGCCUCUACCGCACGUGUACCGAAAUCGCGGCGCGCCACCGACAGUGGAACAAUAUUGCCGAAUUGUCAGUGAGGUUUUCCAGCACCAAAGCUGCACCACUGUUCCGAAGAAUGGACUAUCAGGAUGCGGUGUGCACCCUCAACACCCUGCAGACCAACGCCACCACUCUGGAGCAGGUGAAGAGAGAGAGAGGACAUCCACAACGUCAGUUGCAGGACAUGAUAGGCUUUCUACAGCGAGCAGGCCUCAAGGUAGAAGAACUUGAUCAUCUUAAUAUCAUUCAUGUAACUGGAACAAAAGGAAAGGGGUCAGCAUGUGCAUUUACAGAGAAGAUUCUGAGAAAUUAUGGCUUCCGUACGGGAUUCUACAGCUCACCUCAUUUGGUGCAAGUGAGAGAGCGAAUCAGGAUCAAUGGUCAGCCAAUAGGCAAAGAGCUCUUUACAAAAUAUUUCUGGCAGGUGUACGGACGGCUGGAGGAAACUAAGGAUACUCAUGGUGGCAGCAUGCCUGCUUAUUUUCGCUUUCUCACAAUCUUGGCCUUCCAUGUAUUCCUGCAGGAAAAGGUUGAUUUGGCUGUCAUUGAGGUUGGGAUUGGUGGAGCAUACGACUGUACCAAUAUCAUCAGGAGACCCUGGGUGUGCGGUAUCUCUUCUUUGGGCAUCGAUCACACCAGUUUACUAGGAGAUACCAUUGACAAAAUUGCCUGGCAGAAAGGAGGCAUUUUUAAGCCUGGGGUUCCUGCGUUUACAGUGAAACAGCCUGAUGGAUCAGUGAAGGUGCUUCAAGAACGAGCAGAAGAAAUCGGGUGUUCAUUAUCAGUGUGUCCUGAUCUGGAUGAGUAUGAGAGCGAGGGAUCACUUCGGUUGGGUUUAGCUGGUCAUCAUCAGCGCAGUAAUGCUUCUCUCGCUCUACAGCUCUCACACACCUGGCUGCAGAGACACUUCCUCACAGGUCCUGAAUUAUCAUCUACAGUAGAGUUCAGUGGCGCGAGUCCAGCUCAAGCGUUCCAGCCAAGCCCUGCAAUGAUUAAAGGUCUUGCAGAGACAGAAUGGCCUGGACGCAAUCAGACACUCAAACAUGGUCCUGUGACGUAUUUCCUGGAUGGCGCUCACACCACCCGCAGCAUGCAUGCCUGUGCCCGAUGGUUUAACGAGAUCGCGAUGCAACACGAGAGAAAUGCAGGGGGUGCAGUGGUCAGGGUCCUGUUAUUCAACGCUACAGGAGAGAGAGACUGUGCCGCCAUGCUCAAACUGCUUGCGCCCUGUCAUUUCGACUUUGCUGUGUUCUGUCCGAACAUCACAGAGGCCAUAGCAAACUGUAAUGCAGAUCAGCAAAACUUUAAUGUUUCUGUGGAGAACAUGCUCACCCGUUGCCUGGACAACCAGCAAAGCUGGCGCAUUCUGAAUGGCCAGGAAGAAAAGCCGUCAGCGGAGCUUCUGAUCGGGGGCGGUCUGCCCCUGGUGGCGGAAAGGCACAGCGAUACCCUCGUGUUUCCCUGCAUCCUUAGCGCUCUACGGUGGAUCAGUCAGGGAAGAGACUCCGUUCUGUCAGACCCUAACAAAUGCGUCAUUCCUGUUAAACCUAGCAUAAGCGCAAAAGCCGCACCACUACGAGAGGCCAUGAACAUACACGUCCUCAUCACAGGUAGCCUACACCUGGUGGGAGGAGCUUUAAAACACUUGGAACCUGCUUUAAAUACUUAAUGGAUCUCAGCGCCACCUAGUGCCUAAACCCCUUCAACUCUAUUACAUUACACUGUUUUUGAGAUGAAUCCUAAAAACUUCAACAAAUCACGAUUGCUGUCAUGCCAACUUGUUCUAGAAAACAUGCAUUCUAGAACCGACUUAAAGAGCCUUUGGAGCAGUUCAGUGACCCGUGUCUUGAGUGUCUACUAUUCAGAACACAUUAGUCCAACUCUACGUGAGCUGUUCAUGUUUACUUUGUUUGCCAUGCAUUGAUUUUUGGAAGUUCUUUAAGUGUAUUUUGUUCAUUUUUGUGCUGCUUUUGUAGUUCACUACAGUUUUGACAUUUCUUAAAUUGUAGUUCACACAAUAAUGAAUAUUCUGGCAUUAUUUAGCUCCCCUUAUAUCACUCUGAUUAGGGUAUUAAAUUCGUACUUCUGUGAAACACAAAAGAGGGCAGAAUGUCUGAGUUACAGUGUGAGCACUGUAAAAGUAGUCCAUGUGACUUGUAAUUGGGUUAUAUUGUGCUUUUUUGUCUUAAUGAAACCUGAAAUCUUCCAAUUUCUUUGUAUUAAAAACUGAAGCUUGGACAAUGUGCCUAAGAUCUCAUUUUGUGUGUCAUUGAAGCAAGAAAAUAUAGGUUUUGAUUGACAUUAAGGCCAGUAAAUGAUGAAAACUAACAUUUUUGUUUUUUGAUGAACUAUUUAUUUAAUCCAAUCUUUGAAAAUGCUUGGAAUACUUUAGAAUGACAGCAUUUCUAUCCAUCUGUGUGUAAGUGUUAGACUUGUUUUAUUGCACUCAAAGAAUGGUGCCAUAAAUUAAAUGAACAAAUGUAAUUAUGUAAUAUUAAUGUGUAAGCAUUUGCAUAUAUGAGGUGUCAACACAAAGGUGCCUACAUCUGUUCAUAGUGAAUAAAAAUGUGUCAAAGGCUGUGUACAUACAUGAAUAUGUAUUAAAGGAUUAAAAAACUUUUAAAUUGACGUUAGAGUAAUAAUUUUAUUUUUAUUUGUAUUUAAAUGUACUGUUGUUGAGAUAGGAGUGUUUAGUUUAAAUAUUUUUGUCUUAAGCUGAUUUUAAAAUAUCGUUGUAUUUGGGAUAUGUUUGUAAAUAAAUGUUGCCAAUAAUGCUGAUAUUAGUAAAUAAAGAUGCUCCCAAUCUUUGUCUUGAAGUACCAUAGGUUUCAAUUAAAAAUAUUUUUAAAGUACAGUACUUGCUAGCUGAAAACUGAAUAAAUAGA